GUUGCGUAGAGAGUUUAGUGGGAAAGUUCACAGCAUCUUCAGGAUAAUAAGUAUUGCAAAGAUAAAAAGAGUCUCCCAUCAGCAGACUUGCCACAGAAGUAUGAACAAUAUAAGCACAGUGCUAUAGCUAUUCUAAUGGAAUGUUAAGAUAAAAUUGCUUUUUGUGUUUAUUUUAAUUAAAUGAAAUUUAUUUGGGCUGGAAAGUUGACAUACCAUGGCCUCUUUGUCAAUAUUUGUACUAGAUUAAUAAUCAACAGUUAAAUUUGCACCGUUUUCUUUGGUGUUGUUCUAAACGGCGCCUUGUCAUUCCUAAUCAGGUGACCUGCUACAAAACUAUAAGAUUCUACCCAUUUGACCUGUAGAAUGGCUAGAAGUUCCUUGAGUGUGACCUUUCUUUUACUAAUAUGCUCCUUCUACAGCAGACUAGCAUUUUCAUUUUCAGUUUUCAUGAGACCAGAAGAGGCAAGCCAGGUUCUGAGGAUUCAUAAACGUGCCAACAAUUUCUUGGAGGAAAUUCGCCCGGGAGAUCUGGAAAGAGAAUGCAUGGAAGAAAAAUGUUCUUUUGAGGAGGCAAAAGAGAUUUUCAAAUCACAGGAGAAAACAAUGGAGUUUUGGUUUGAAUACAAAGAUUUAAACCCCUGCAAGGCAAAUCCCUGUAAGAACGGUGGAGUCUGCAAAGUUAAGCACUAUCAACAUUCCUGCAUUUGUCUUCCAAGAUUUGCAGGGAAUGAGUGUGAAAUAGAGAAGUUAGAAUGCUGGUACAAGAAUGGCGACUGUGGCCAAUACUGCCAAGAUAAUGAACAGUCUCUUCUCGUGACCUGCUCCUGUGCUUUGGGUUAUACACUAAAUGAGGAUGGGAAGCAGUGCAUACCUGUGGAUCACUUUCCAUGUGGAUUGGUUAAAGGAUUUACACGCUCGCUUGAAGAAGGAUCAGAAGAAGAACCUUACGGGCAUAACCAAACUAAUGCUUUUACUAGGGAUGGGAUGAACCAAACAUUGUCUCAGGAGAACUUGACCAGUUGGAACCAGACUUUAAUUCAGGCCUUGGUAGAAUGGAACCAGACUACAACAGAGGAAGAAUAUGAGGAAGAUGGUGCUAAAGAGAUGGAAAGGAACUUCACAGAAGUGGAUCUACACAGUUGGCUAAACAUAAAUUACACAGAUGAAGAUGAUGAUUCGAGGAUAAUUGGAGGCUCCUUCUGCCGCCCAGGAGACUGUCCUUGGCAGGUAUUGAUCCAAAAUAAGAGAGGUUAUGGCUAUUGCGGGGGCAGCUUAAUUGGCAGUCAAUGGGUACUCACUGCAGCACACUGCCUGGAUACCGUUGCCCCUCAUCAGGUUACUGUUGGAGACUUUGACAAGCACCAGAGAGAACGGGAUGAACAAAAAGUUAGAGUGCGCCAGUUCUGGCAACACCCCCAAUAUGACCCAGACAACUUCAACAAUGACAUUGCUUUGAUUCAGCUGACAAGCAAUGUUGUUUUCAGCCAGCAUGUACUGUCGAUUUGUCUUCCCAACCCAAACCUUUCUACUUUACUGACAGAAAGAGGGACAGUAGGAAUAGUGAGUGGAUGGGGCAGUACUCAUGUCAAGGGGCGGUCAACCCGCUUUCUCCUGAAAGUCAAGCUGCCUGUGGUGAGCUUGGAUACUUGCAGACAAUCCACAGAAAAACUCAUUACCGACAACAUGUUCUGUGCAGGUUAUCCUGAAGCAACUCAAGAUUCUUGUAAAGGUGACAGUGGGGGACCUUUUGCUGUACUUUAUCGCAAUACUUGGUUUCUCCUGGGAGUUGUCAGCUGGGGGGAAGGUUGUGCUACAGCAGGAAAAUAUGGGGCUUACACCCGUGUGUCCAAUUACAUUUCAUGGAUAAAAGAAAUUACUGAAAGUGUGACUGAUUCUGAAGGACUUUUACAUGGGUCGAAAUGAAAGCCAUUUUUAAUAUAAAGCAUACUAUCUGUAUUUUUAAUUUUCUAUCAUAUAAAUUGGGAUUUGCACUCUAUUGAUUACAUUGAAGAACUGCUUUAUAUAUGCUGUUCUAAGUACCUUCCACAAUGAAAAAAAUGCAUCAGAAUGGUUUACCAAAACAGCUACUUCAGAGACAGAUGUAAUCUAGGAGCAGCUAGGAUAACUCUCUCUACACUAUGUCUGGCAUUAGCCACAUUCUGUAGAAUUAAACAGAACUGAAAAAUUUGAACACAACUUAUGUGUUGUGAUGAUCUUAUAAAAAUGUUUUACCUCAGCUUCUCUUUCUCACCUUGUCCUAACCCAUAUAAAGCUUACUAAAAAUGACUAAGCAGAAGGUGGAUUUACAGAAUUUGUUCCAAGAGAGCUAGGAAACUCCAAAGAGCUAAUUUAGCUGGAGGUUAGGUCCCUAUCUUCUCAAGUAAUCCUGUUUAUAGAUGGUUAGUGUUCUUAUGGACAUUUCAUUAUCUAAAAUGUUAAUAAACAGCCCAUUAGUCACUAAAA